AUGGCGUCCCUUCCCCAUUCCAUAAUCCUCCUCUCCCUCAUCCUUUCCACCCUCACCAUCUCCACCAUUGCUCAAUCCAAACCCAGAUCCCUGAUCCUCCCGCUCACAAAAGACCGCGCCACCAACCAAAUCCUCACCCGCCUCGACAUCGGCACUCCCCAAGUCUCCCGUAACUUCAUCGUCGACAUCGCCGGCCGACAGCUCUGGCUCGAUUGCUACAGCGGCUUCUCCAAUUCCUCCUCCACCUACCGCCUCGCCCGCUGCGGCUCCGCCGCCUGCUCCGUCUCCAAAGCCGACUGCAAGUCCCCCUGCUUCCUCCCCCCGCAACCGGGUUGCUUCAACAACUCCUGCACCGUCCUGACCCGAAACCCGAUCCGGACGACAGGUGGCCCCUCGGAGGUCGCCCUCGAUACGGUGUCGCUUCACUCCACCUCCACGAGCGGCGCACGUGGCGGGCCCCGCAUCUCCAUCCCCAAUUUCAUCUUGGCUUGCGAAACCGUCUUCGGCCUCGAUAACCUCGCCGCCGGGGUAGUAGGCGCCCUCGGCCUCGCCGGCGAGCGAAUUGGCCUCCCGUCGCAGAUCUCGACCGCCUUCGGCGGCUCCCUCCGCCGCGAAUUCGCCCUCUGCCUGCCUUCGGAUUCGAAUUCCGACGGCGUCCUGUUCCUCGGCGCCGCCCCUUACGUCAUCGCGAACAGAGUCGAUUACUCGACGAGAUUCAAGUACACGAGGCUGGUGAAGAAUUACGAGCGCACCGCUUCCCCCAACGUCCCCGGAGCCGAGAUCCCGGCCUACUUCGUCAGAAUCACCUCGAUCCUCGUGUCGGAAUCUCCGAUUCCGAUCAAUUCGUCUCUGCUGGAGUUCCGUCGGACCGGGAUCGGCGGCUCGGCGAUCAGCACGGUCGAUCCGUACACGAUUCUCGACAGCUCGAUCUACAGAUCGCUGGUGAGGGCUUUCGAGAGCAGUGAAACGAUGAAGAAGGUAAAGAAGGCGGCGGCGGUGGCGCCGUUCGGGAGCUGUUACGAGAAGAAGGAUCUGUCGAUCGGGAGGAUGGGAUUGGAAGUGCCGAAGAUUUCGCUGGUGUUUGAGAGCAGGGAGGUGAAGUGGGAUUUGUUUGGGGAGAACUCGAUGGUGGACGUGAACGACGACGUUGCUUGCUUGGGGUUUGUGGACGGUGGUUCUGAUACGACGUCGUCUAUUGUCCUUGGAGCACAUCAGAUGCAGGAUAAUUUGGUGCACUUCGACCUGCAUUCGUCGAGGAUGGGGUUCACUAAUUCGUUGUUGUUGGAAGGGGUUCGAUGCUCGCUGUUUCACAUUUAA